AUGUUCGGGUCGACCGCCAACAAGCACGAUUCCAGACAACAUCGAAUGAGUACGACAAUGCUUGCGAAGGAUCGACGGGUAAUGUCUUUGAAAAUAGAAGCAGAAGAGUUGAAAAUAAGCAAAGACAGUGUAAACACUAUUACUCAUGAACAUUUAAAAAAGAAAAAGAUUUGUGCUGUUGAAAGGAAAAUGUCUGGCCGUGAAGGUGGAAAAAAGAAGCCUCUGAAAGCCCCAAAGAAAGAACAAAGGGAAAUGGAUGAAGAUGACCUAGCACUCAAACAAAAAUUAAAAGAGCAACAGAAAGCUUUACAGGAAGCUAAAGCUAAAGCACAAAAGGGCCCUCUGACACAAGGUGGAAUAAAGAAAUCUGGUAAAAAGUGA